AUGGCACGCCUGCACGCGACGGAGCUAUUGCAGGCCAUCUCAUGGGCUCCACUCGCUCUAGUGGGGCUGUACGCCGUCUAUACUGCCGUCCGGUAUGCCCGAGCUCGGCUCGUAGCUCAUCGCAAAGGCGACGAAUCGCUGGAGACGGGGGACAUCCGUCUCGACGAUUCCACUGAAGACGACCGACCGCUGUUCUCGCUCUUCAUCACCGAGCAGGACAUCCUCGAAGUCGAAGGAUUGCUGCAGGAUGCGCACUCGGGCUCGAUGGGGGAUGAGCUCAGGGACGGUGUCGGUAGUGGGGCCGCAGAGACGACCGAGGAGACGAACGAACUCACGAGGGACAAGCUCGAAGCACUGCUGCCUCCUCCACCAAUACCUUUGAUCGCUCUACCUUUCUUGGAGCUGGUCGGCUGGUCUUUCGUACUUUUACGCGCGGUCUUGUCGAAGGAAUCGUCGGGAUGGGUUCAUGCAGCGAGCCAUGUCUCGGCGCUUCACAUCGCUCCUGUCUGGGUAAGCAACACUCUGGAAAGACGUUAUAGACUUGCGAACAUAUUGCUCGUAAAGCAGGUUACUCGCCGCUGAUCGUUAGCUGUAACGCUCGACAGCUUUUCGCUUUCGCUCGGGAACUCGGCUCGCGCAGUCGAUUACCACCCUUCUCCUCCUUGCUGCUUUUCCUCUUGUUGCUCGUCAACGCUUCGAUUAACACCGUACAAACUUACCAUAUCAUGGUUUACAACGGAAGCCCAGAAGCUGUGCCGUGGGCCAUUGUCUUGCCGUUAGGCGACCUUGCGGCUUGCGCCCAGCUCGUGCUGGUCAUCAUCCGCAUGCCUCUGCGGAUACCUUUGGCUUCAGUCUUGCGCGACCAAGCCCGAGGAGAUCAAGUGAGAGGCCACGCAUGUGGAUCUGGUUCCUUGGGGCCCUCAAGGUAGGCCGACUGAUCAAGCGAUUGCGAACUUCGCAGCGCGCUCGGCCUCACUCACCCGAGGACGAGAACUCGCUCCUCGGCGCACUUACCUACUCGUGGAUCAACCCGAUGCUGCCGCUUGCCCAUCGUCGUCGACUACUACCGUCAGAUAUCUGGUCUUUGGCUUUGGCCAACAGAGCGGAGGUGCUAUCCAGGCGGUUCUCGUCCCUGACUUCGAAAACGUUGACGAGACGAUUGCUCAGAGCCUCGGCCCGCGACAUCCUCAUCGACGUCUCGCUCAAGCUGCUCGCGGUCUCGUUGAUGUACCUCCGACCAUAUUUUAUCAAGUGUUUGUUGGAGAGGUUGUCGGAGGACGAAGCGGAAAGAAGCGAGUUGGGCUCGUCGACCCCCGCUUGGUCGCCUCGUGAUCAAGCGUACCUGUAUGCCCUCGGUGCCUUUUUGGCCAUGAUUGGUCGCACGCUGGCUCAACAGCAGCACUUUCACCAUGCGCGACAGAUCGGGAUGCGCCUGCGUUCCGAAUUGACUGUCGCGGUCUAUGAAAAGGCUCUUCGACGUAAAGACGUGGCUGGACGGGCACAUGCUGUCGCCCACGGCGAGGACGAAGCAGAAGAAUCGGCGACCCGAGGCAAGGUGGUCAAUCUCAUCUCGGAUGACACGAACAAAGUGUUACGGAUGGGCUGCGACUCGCAUCUUAUUUAUGGCGCACCACUUGAGGUCAUUUGGGGGUUGGCGUUGCUCUACAGCCUCAUCGGUUGGUCCAUGUUCGUCGGGUUUGCCGUAAUCCUGCUGAGCGUGCCCAUCCACUACUGGCUGGGGAAGCGAGCAACCGCCAUCGGGAUCGCCAAAUCAAAUGCGCGCGAUCGUCGACAGGCUUCAUUACAAGAGUUGAUCUCGGCUAUUCGCAGUAUCAAAUUCUUUGGCUGGAGCCGCGCGUGGAGUGCCAAGGUCGGGGAGAAGCGCAAUGACGAGCUUGCGAUGAUGAUUAGAGAGUGGAUCAACGUGCAAGGGUUCAUCGCGCUUUGUAAGCAAUUUCUUGGACAUCCCGGAUCAGGUGCAGGAUGUUGAACUUAACUCUCUUGAACGAUGUACCAGCCCUCUGUGGAACUGCCAUCGUGCCCAUCGUCUCUCUCGUCUGCUACGUCAAGUUCCAGCACAAGCCACUAACGAUCGCAGUCGCCUUUACUUCGAUUGAGUUGUUCCAAAUGUGAGCUUGGAUUUCUACCCCACUCCUCUCAAUUAUGUAUCGGGCUGAUUCAUUUGGGCCCUUGAUUGCAUCGGCCAGGAUUCGUGUCCCGGUGAUGCAAGUGCCAAGCUUUUGGAUCAAGAUUAUUCAAUGCACGAUUUCGAUCGCCCGAAUCGACGCCUUCCUGGGGGAAGAAGAAGUCGAGCCACACGUUACCCCAGAAGUCCGCAAACACCACAAAUCGACUCUUGGGUUCGCGAACGCGACCUUGCAGUAUUCUGCAGAUACCGCUUUCAGACUAAAGGACCUUGCGAUCGAGUUUCCCAAGGGCAAGCUGACAGUUAUAUCUGGCCCGACUGGAAGUGGAAAGACGUCGAGUGAGUCAGCUCUUAACAAUUUGACCCUGGCUCGGGCUGACGUGUGCGUCGCGUUGCAUAGUGCUUCUGGCUCUGCUUGGUGAGCUUCAAGUCGUGGAGGGGAAGGUUUUCCUACCUCCCGCGGUCUCUUUCGCUGCGCAGCAUCCCUGGCUCGAGUCAUGCACCGUGCGCCAGACAGUGUAAGCCCCCGCCCUCCACACUCGGAUUCGGGCGUUCUGUCGAAUAGCUCACCUUUUUUUAACCUAAACGUUAGACUCUUCGGCUCGCCGUUCGAUCAAGCCAGGUACGACUCCACGAUUGAUGCUUGCGCGCUGCGGCAGGACAUACAAAACCUGCCCGACGGUGAGGACACCCACAUUGGCGAGCGCGGCGUAUCUCUCAGCGGUAUGUCACUUCAGGAACUCCUUCCUCGUGCCAUUCGUCACUGAUGUCCAACAUUUUGCGCACAGGUGGUCAAAAAGCGCGGUUGGCACUCGCCCGAGCUAUCUACGCCCCCAACGAUGUUCUUCUUCUAGACGACGUCCUUUCCGCUGUUGACAGCAGAACGGCAAGGCACCUGUCCAAGCAUAUCACCGGUCCUCUUGUUCAACCGCGAACGAUCAUUCUGGUGACCCAUCACACCAGCCUCGUCCUCCCUGGUGCCCAUCAUCACGUGGUCAUGGAGGGAGGUCGAAUAGUCUUCAAUGGACCGGUCGAGCCCAUGUCUGCUCGACCAUCGCUACCUUUGAGUAUCAUGGGCUCCUACAGGAGCGAAGUUCCUCAUGAGGAUUCUUCUGCUCACCUCGAAGAUGAGGACCCUGCUGCAAGUGUUCCCACCCGAACCACUGGGGUCGAGGCCGAGACUUGGGGAACCGGAAAGGUCAGCGGAUCCAUGUAUACAACGUGAGUACAUUCGAGCCUUUGUUGUGUUUACAUCUGGAGUGGUUUUUCAUGCGAUCGGCACGCCUCUGCAGUUACCUUUCGAAAUCGUCGUACUCUCUCUGGGCGAGUGAGUGCUCGAAAGGAGUUGACUCUUUCGAUCCUCAUGAUGCUAAAGAAGCCGGUGCAAUGCGCGCCAGUCAUCGUCUUUCUCCUCGUUGCUAUGCCAGUCCUCGGAUAUGCGGACCAGUUCUGGUUGCGAAGUAAGUUUCGUGCAACACAAUUUCUGCGCCUUUAAUACUAAUUACUUUUUUUUUUUUUUUCGCGCUCAGAUUGGGCCGAAGCCUCGGCUGGAGGGCGGACCGUGGAUGUCAACUACUACGCGCUUGGAUAUACGUUUCUCAGUACGUACAUGUCUAGUAGCAUAUUAACAAACGUGGAAGAAAUUCGAUCUGACUAGGUCUCAUUCACUUAGAUCUGGCUUCCGUCGUCGUGAUCCAAGCAAUAAACGCACUAUUAUGCGUCGCGGAAUACCGAGCCUGUCGGACGCUUUUCGCCGAGUUGCUCCACCGCGUCGUGCAUGCUCGGCCGCGCUGGUACGACAUCACACCUGUCGGACGGAUUUUGAAUCGGUUCACAAACGAUGUCGCGGUCAUCGACGGCGAGUUGGCAGCCGCUUUCGUACGUUUGAGCUUGCGUCUUCUGACCCGUUCUGAGCUGACCUUCGGCUCUGUGCGCAACGCAGUCCAACUUUGCGGGAAUGAUCAUCUCUCUCGUGAUCUCCUUCGGCAUCAACAUGUACAUCUUACCACUCGGUAUUAUCCCGAUCCUUGGUGUCGGCGCUGUCUACCUAUAUAUCUUCUCCCGGUGGCUCAACGUCAGCCGAGAUUUGAACCGGAUUGCCGCUACGACGGCGUCGCCCCUGUUUUCUGGUGAGUUCGGAGGCCCCUCCCCUUUUGUGCCUCGAUACUCAUUCGCUGACGUUCAUCCCUGUAUCCCUAAUCAAGGUUUCCAACAGGUUCUCGUUGGUGAGUGAUAUUGCGUCGUGAUGUCGGAGCUCAUGCUCACAGUCGUCGCUACGGUUGAUCAGGAAUCUCCACCAUUCGAGCCUUUGGCCGAGAAAAGAACUAUCGCCGCCACGUCUGCAAAGUGCUAGACGAUACGCUCUCGAUGUGGUAUGCGAGUGCGACCAUCGAUGUUUGGAUACAAUACCGGACCCAACUCCUAUCUUCGGCGACACUACUCGCCGCCGCAAUCCUAUCCGUCUACACGGGGCUGAGUCCUGGUCUCGCAGGGAUUGCGAUUAACGCUUCUCAGGCCAUCAUCGGGACUCUCGAUGGGCUGUGCAACACCUAUGCCCGUCUUGUGCUGUCGAUGAACAGUCUGGAGCGCAUAGUCGAAUAUUUGUCGCUCCCUCAAGAGCCCGAGGAUGGGAUCUCCGCACCCGCAGCGUGGCCCUCAGCUGCGACCAAAGGUUUGUUGAUUGAGGUGCAAGACCUGACGAUCAAGUUAGUAAACAUUCCUGGUCAAAUGUCUUAGUCGCUGUACUGACGAUGUCCAAGAUCUACUCCAGAUACGCUCCUGAGCUCCCCGCAACUUUGAAAGGGGUGUCAUUCUCUGUCAUGCCCGGGGAGCGCGUGGCGAUCGUGGGUCGAACAGGAGCAGGAAAGGUGAGUGAGUGCAUGACAGAAAAUGGUCUUCACGAUCCUCAUGAACCUUUUGAUAUCUCUAGAGUACUUUGGCCAUGAGUCUACUUCGUGUUGUGGACCCAGCCUCGGGAAGGAUCCUCAUCGACGCACUCGACAUCACGUCAAUCGCACUUGAUGAUCUACGAUCCCGCGUGACACUGCUGCCGCAAGAUGCCGUGCUGUUCUCGGGAACGCUGCGCUACAACUUGGAUCCCUUUGAUGAGCAUUCAGUGAGUACCGAGCUGGGCGGGGAUGGCGAGAUCGGCGUGCUCACACAUUGGCGCUGUCGGCUCGCAUAGGACGAGGAGUGCCUCGACGCCAUGCGACGAGUCCACAUCAUCGAGCCGACAUCUCUCCCAAAGCCCUCGGUCAGCUCGGUCGAAGCAUUCGCCUCUGAGGACUCGAAUACCUCCACAACAUUAUCGCUAGCGUCGCCCGUCGCUGAGGGCGGUGAAAACUUUUCCCAAGGUCAACGCCAGCUCAUCGCGAUGGGGAGAGCACUUUUGCGCAACCCGGUCAUUCUCAUCUUGGACGAAUCUACUGCGUCCCUGGAUGCCGAUCUGGACCGGAAGCUACAGGCCACGAUCCGGGAGCAGUUCCAGCAAACGGCGGUCAUCACCAUCGCGCAUCGACUGCGAACGAUCGUCGACAACAGUCGGAUCAUUGUCUUAGACGCGGGUAAGAUCGUCGAGUGCGAUACUCCGCAGGCCCUGCUGCAGGACGAACACGGGCUAUUCACCGAGAUGUGUCGACAGUCGGGCGAGUAUGAGGAACUCAGGGAGAUCGCGAUGAUGAACUGA